GAAAACCCUGACUUCAUCGGCAUGCUUCUUGCGCGAAAUUCAACGAUACCAGCGUCAAUAAGUGCGACCGGUACCCGACUAUCAAGAAUCGGCGUUGCCGUGAACUUUACAUCGAAAAUAAACCAAAGGUUUAUCAACAUGUUUGGAGCUUCGAGACUGGUCCUGAUCGUCACGUCCGUACUAUCCUGAAGUUUUUUCUUUUUCCAGCCCUCUGCCUACAUUUGUUUGCACUCCAUGGCCGCUGGCACCCCGUCCAAUAAAACCAGGCAAAUACAUUGUAUUUCCAGCAAAGCCAUGAGUGUCGCCGAUUACGGCCAGCGGGCCGAGGACCACCAGCGCCUCUUGGUCCUGGUCAAGCCCCUCGUGCAGCUCAGGACCAAGUCCUACGCCCGCAUCAUCGACCGGGUCACCAGCGUGACCUACAUCCAGCUGCCAGACUCCAAGCGCAGCCUGUGGAUCCGCUACAAGCAACACAUGCACCUGGAGAACAACGACUGGGGAGAUUUCCAGGUUCAUCGACGUGUUGCAGGCGUCAUCUGCCUGGGCAAAGCCUCGUGCGACAUUGAACUUGCCACGGUCUACUCGAACUUUGAAACCCUGAAGCAGACGUACCGCUACACCCUCUUUGACGCGAGGUGCUUCCUCUUCGGUAUGACCCAAGCCGAGGCGGAGCAGACGGCCUCAGGCAGCCGGACUGAUGUCAUCUACUACUCGGGCUUUGAUAACUGCGAACAGUUGGAGGACCACGUCAAGGAUUUUGUGUCGUCGCUGUUUUGGGUGCUGGAGUCCAAAAGGCUGGAUCGAAAAAACGACAAGAGCGACCGUUUGCCUUUGCUGAUGGCGCCUUUCGAGAGGAAAGACAUGGUGGGAAUCGACACAGAAACAAGGACCUUCAAGCGUAAGGUUCAGGGCAGGAUGCGUAAGCACCUCGCUGAUCUGCACCUCCUAGCUGGCCUGACGCAGGAGGCCUUCGUACAUUACCAAUCCGCACUGGAAAUACUCCGAGGCGCAAACGACUGGCUGUGGAUGGGAGCUUGCUGGGAAGGCAUGUGUGCAGCAUCAGUCAUCCAGCUGUAUCCUCCGAAGCCCAAGACGGGCAUCCCAAGGAACGCUUCAUUCAGCGGAGGAAACUCGCUCAUUGGAGGCGCAAGAAUACACAGAUCAGAAUCCUUUGAUAUUGCCAACGGUCUGCCCGACUUUGUCUCGGAGGAGAGACCCAAAAACUGCCUGUCAGCUGACGACAUUGUGGACAAAUACAAAGAGGCUAUCAGUCACUAUAGUAAGUACACCAACGCCGGCAUUGUGGAGAUGGAGGCCUGCAUUAAAGCCACUCAGGUCCUUGUCCAACAGAAGAAAACCCUAGAGGCUGCGGAUUUCCUCCAGAACGUCAUCUACAUCAACGUGAACCUGAGCGACCAGGAGAAGGUGGAGCGCUACAGCGCCCUCUCUCGGCUCUUCACGCUCAUCGGCUUCCAUCGCAAGGCAGCCUUCUUCAAGCGAGUUGCGGCCAUGCAGUGCGUCACGCCGCAGAAUCAGCACCCAGCAUGGAACAUGUGCAACCAGUUACUAAUGGAGACAUUAAAAGGCUAUAAGCUGACCCUUGACCCCAGGGAGUAUCCAACAGAUCGACCCUGUGGCUGGCCGCUACUACAAACCCGGAUCCUGCACGAGCUUGUCUUCUCCGCGCGACGUAUGGGGGAAUACGGGAUUGCUGUUAGGAUUCUGUCCUUCAUGCUGCAAGUCCUUCAUGACCAGCUGUCUGGGGCCGAGAAGCGAGACAUUGCCAUCAACCUGGGCACGCUGACCAACAAGGUGGCUGGUGUCCCACACCCGAUCGCCAGGGAAAACGGCACUAUUUUACCGGCUGUGCCGUUCACAAGAUUCCCGGCUGUCAAGGCCUUUAGGCUGGUUCCGUUGUCUAGGCAGCUGACUCCUUUGCUGCAGAAGCUUAGUCUUAGUACCAGUCCCUCUAGCGAGUCCCUAGGACCGUUCAUCUACUCUCCGAUACAGAAUCGAGUCUGCAUAGACAAGAAGUUGAAACCACGAGUCGAUUUCAAGUGGGUGGCAGACGACGUCUGUGAGAUGUGUCUCAGCUUCUACAACCCCUUGCCGUUUGAGCUGCGAGUCGGUAACUUGGGCUUUCUGACAGAAGGUUUGCAAUUCGAACCCAUCCCGGCCACAGUGACCUUGCCAGCAGAGUCAGGUCCCCACACUGUCUCCAUUAUGGGGACACCAAAGGGGGCAGGGAUCCUGACCAUAGUAGGCUACACCACCAACGUCCUGGGCGUGGAGAGCCACUGUCGUUUCAAGCACAUCCCCACCGUACCCCAGUCCUACUAUGAGGUGGAGGUGGUCCCCGCCUUACCCCUACUGAGGGUCAAGACGUCCCUACCCCAGGCCGUCAGUACGCUGAGCCUGGACCCAGCCGAGAGUAAAGCCAACACCAGCGCAGCUGUUAGCUUAUUCCAGGGGGAAAGUUGUGAGUGCGGGUUGACGUUAAGCAACGGAGGGAAAGUCCCCGUCGAAUCUCUUUCACUGAAAUUGUCCUCAGAAUCAGGUGUGCUAGCAGAUAAAGUAUUUAGUUGGAGCGAGGAGAACAUUCAGACCCAGUUACCGUUGCAGCCCGGGGGUCAGAUGAUGCUGACAGUCUACAUCAAGGCUGUUGGGAGUUUUAUUGCCAAACACAAAAACAACUCAAACGCAGACAUUCCCGUGACACCCACUCCCAGUAAAACCUUCGAGUACAGUACGCCAAAGAGUACACCCAAACGGUCGGCGUCCUCCACCUUCCUAGAGACGUGCAAACCAGAUAGCGGGGAGUCGGUGGAACCAGACAGCCUGCAGAGAAUUAUUGAGUCGACGUUGAAAAUCGCCUACUCUGGAGGGCCAGGCAUGGAGGAGGAUUUCCACAGGGAGGCCAGCGUCUUGCUGAGAGUCGACAUCAAACCGUCAGUGGUGUUCACGCAAUGGAGUGCCAUCCCAGCCACAGAAUCCAAAGAGUUCCAUCUGGUGCUGGAUACCCUGAACACCACGAGUCAGGAACUAGAAGUGCAAUAUGGCGACCAGGCCUCAUUGAUCUUGGGCAGUCAGCAGAAUAAAAGGUUAGCUGUAAAGUUGAACCGUUUCGUCGUUGCCCAGCCAAGAAAGCCUGCCCUCAACGGCUUCACGGAGUGCGACGUCGGGUCCGGCAGAAACAAUACGUUACCCCGGUACGGGAGCGUCCAAUCACAGAACAGCAAGUUGCUGGUAACCGACGCGCAGCAGUCUACCAGCCAGAGCAGUCUGUAUGCCCAGCAGUUGGCGACAAUGGUAGACAUCAGAUGGAAAUGCCCCAUCUUAAAAAAGUCCGGCUUUGCGAUGCUGGACCAUCUAGACCUGUCCCCCUCCAUGAUGGACCACAUACGCACCUGCCCCAUCAACUGGCAGGUUUGUCUGAAUGACAGGCUAGUCAACAGCUCUGAUGGACAGGCUACCUUCCCUGUAGGGGAACCGCUGUGUGUGGACGUCACUGUGACUAAUAAUAUGGAUGAGGCAACAGCCAGAUUACAACUAAUGGUCGAACCCUACACAGACCAUCAGAACGGAACCAGAGAGAUCAACCCCCAGGAGAAAGUGGUCUGCUCCGGAAACUGCAGUAUUAACAGUGACAAGUUAGAGGCUGAACAGUCGUUGACGCACACGUCAUCUUUCAUCUUCCUAUUCCCCGGCCUGUACAAAUUCAACAUCACCUGCACGGAAAUGGAACCGCCCCAGCUGGACAAUGCCCCGGCUAUGGCCCCCAUCAUCAUUGAGGAAGAUACCAUUUUCCCAAAGAGGGAGGGCCAGUCUUGGAAAUACCGUCCGGCUUUGGAGGUUUUGAUUACAUAAUCGAUACUUAAAAAAAAAAAAAAAAAGUAAAAUCUGUCAAUUUAUGAGUGAAAUUUUUCGUUCCCAUCCAUCCUUUAUCCAUGUAAAAAUCACAGAUUGUAAAAAAAAA